GAAGUUAUUCAUUCAGCUUGGAAACUUGGGCGAACGACUUCUGCUACAGACAAGAAUCGACUAUUUUCAAUAAAAAAUGGGCGACUUUUUGAGACAGCUAGAAGAAGCUUCACAUAUCAUAUUGGCACCACCUCAUACUGUUAAUCAGGAACAGAGACAGGCUGCAGAGCAUACCAUUCUUGCUUUCAGAAGAGCAUCAAACCCACUCCAAGCAUGCCAAUUCAUUUUGGAACACAGCAGUGUUGACUACAUCUUGUUUCAGGCUGCAUCAACGGUCAAAGAAGCGGUCAUUAGAGACUGGGCAAUGCUUGACCACUCGCAGGUUUACAGUGUCCGCAGUUUUCUUCUGAAAUAUGUCACGCAUAAACCAGGCUUACCCAGCUAUGUGCGGGAGCAGAUUCUUCAAGCGGUAGCGGUAAUCUUCAAGCGAGGGACGGUGGAGAGCAAGGAGAAUGGUAGGGAAGGUCUAUUUGCCGAUAUCUCUCAGCUCAUCACAAGUGGUGAUCCACCUUUGCAAAUGAUAGCAUGUUCCAUGUUGACGGCUCUCCUCAAUGAGUACUCAGGAUCCACACGAACCAGUGAUAUCGGUCUUAGCUGGGAGUUCCACAUACAAUGCAAACAUAUAUUUGAGAUUCACGACCUGAAGAAGGUGUUCAUGUAUGCUGUCCAAAUCCUUCAUCAACUGAUGUCAACAGAAGGUCCUCUGAGUGGUGACACAGCCAAGGUCUUCAGUAAAUUCUUGAGUAUAUGUGAACAGGUCCUGAGCUGGGAGUUUGCUCUCGUUAGACCGGCGAGACGGCGUGUAGGGUCAUUCCAGCCUGUGGACACACCCCCUCUGAGACCUGAUGGUAAAUGGAGAGACCCUCUUCUAGACCACGGACUGCUAGAACUAUUUUUCAAGAUUCAUGCAAGGACACGGCUAAACCCUGAUUCUUGUCACAUCGCCAUGCAGUGCCUGUCCCAGCUAGCUACCCUUGACGGACCAGUCUUUGCUGACCGCAAGGCCAAGAGUGACUACCUGGCUCAUUUUAUACGGUGCCUUCUCCAGGCACUCAAUGGCUCUGAGGUGCAGGACCAUGAAGCCUUGGGAUUUGCUAACAUCAUCAAUCAUCUCAUUACCAAGUUUCCUAUAGAGCUCAUUGCUGGUCAAUCUGCUGGUCUUCUAAACUCCUUUGUGGAUUCUUUAUCAAGCUUCACCUGUCUUUGUGGCCGGCAAGCUGCACUGGAAGAAGCGGUUUUGGCAUCAGUACUUAACGUUUACCGUUCCAAACAACAGGCAGUAAACGGGUGAGGGGAAUCCCCGGAUCUCCAAAGUUUGGUGCUGCAACAAAAGCUCAUCGCUACAUGUAGGUCACCGAAUGCUUAACGAUGGCUUACCCCUGUGCGCAACCGAAGUGUGUGCUGAGUCUACGAGCGUGCAUAAAUGAAAUAUCAAAAGUGGCGAGCAUGCAUAUAACUUUGCAAAGAUGAAUGCAUAAUGUAAGCGUUCUAUAGGGUCAGGACUAAAACCCGGGUCUCGCCGGAAGCCCCAUGUACCAGGGUAGAAAAAUCAAUACCCAAUACCUGAAAAUUGCUUACCAGUACAUGUAGACUCUAGAUAUUUGAUUACUAUUGUUUAGUGUAAGACAUGAUUGUAACUCGUGACAAAAGUCUCAUUUUGACUCUCACCAAUUACCCUCGAGGCCUCGAAAUAUCCAUAAAUCUACAAGUUUCUCAAGUGAUGAUGUGACUGAGAUCGUUCAAUCACUGACAAUGUCCUGAGCUGGUGAUAUGUGAUAACAGAAAAACCUAGGUGAAGGAUCGCGAUUACCUCCCGAAGGCUCUGCAGGCAUUACCGUUUACCGUACCAAUGUGCCAAAGCCUUUGAGCGGUAGUGUACAUGCAUAUUACAUGUCAUAACUAGUCUUUCUUGUUAAAGCUACCAAUGAUGAACUGUUACAUCCACCUUCUGUUUAUAAAUAUCCUUCAUACUGGAAAUUAAGUUGCAUGCAAAAUACCUGUUGCUUUGUCUGACAAUCCUCAUGCAAGCUUAUUACUUUCUAAGAUAACCUUUGCUUGAAUGCAUGAAAUUCGAUUAUGUUUUGAACUGAGUAAUUUUUUAUGUGUUUUUAUUUUUUGUUUUGUACAUUUGUUUGUUUAAUUUUUUGUCCGUUCUUCCUUAAUUGGUUGUGAUUUGGUAGAUUUGUGUAAGUUCUUGAUUUUGUUCAUGUCAAAAUUGCCAUAUUGUCAUAAACCACUGCUUAUUUCUGUUUGGAAACAUUGAAGUUGAUUGUUCAUAGCCUCAGAAA